UUUUUAAGACACGAGGGGUAGGCGAUGCCUUAGUACAACCCGAGAUCGCCCAUUCCUUUUCUCCCAACUCGCCGAUCAUCUAAGCCGGUCCGAACUCAGCGGACUAAUCGACUUCGCUCUCCCUGAAUCUUGAUCCUGCUUCAUCUUCAUCAGAAUGGAAAAAACCGACGAAUGUUGUUCAACUCAACUCAUUGAUGGGGAUGGUGGAUUCAAUGUUACUGGAAUUGAAAAUUUCAUGAAGGAGGUUAAACUGGCAGAAUGUGGGCUUUCAUAUGCUGUUGUAUCAAUUAUGGGCCCACAAAGUAGCGGAAAGAGCACACUAUUGAAUCAUCUAUUCCAUACUAACUUUAGAGAGAUGGAUGCUUUUAAAGGAAGGUCACAAACCACAAAAGGUAUUUGGAUGGCUCGAUGUGUUGGAAUUGAACCCUGCACCCUUGUAAUGGAUUUAGAGGGCACCGAUGGAAGAGAGAGAGGAGAGGAUGAUACGGCAUUUGAAAAGCAGAGUGCCUUGUUUGCCCUUGCUGUUUCUGAUAUAGUUUUAAUAAACAUGUGGUGUCAUGAUAUUGGCCGUGAGCAAGCAGCAAAUAAGCCUCUGUUGAAAACUGUUUUCCAGGUCAUGAUGAGAUUAUUUAGUCCCCGUAAAACUACCCUACUGUUUGUUAUACGUGACAAAACAAGGACGCCCCUCGAAAAUUUGGAGCCUGUUCUAAGGGAAGAUAUUCAAAAGAUCUGGGAUACAGUCCCAAAGCCAGAAGCUCACAAGGAAACACCUCUUAGUGAAUUUUUCAAUGUUGAGGUUGUCGCUCUUAAUAGUUAUGAGGAGAAAGAAGAACUGUUCUUAGAGCAGGUGGCUAAUCUAAGACAACGGUUCUUUCACUCUAUUGCACCUGGUGGGCUUGCCGGAGAUAGGCGGGCAGUUGUUCCAGCUUCAGGUUUUUCAUUUAGUGCGCAACAAAUUUGGAAGGUUAUAAAGGAGAACAAAGACCUUGACCUGCCUGCACACAAGGUUAUGGUGGCUACUGUACGAUGUGAAGAAAUUGCAAAUGAAAAAUAUGCCUCUUUUACUGCAAAUGAGGAAUGGUGUCAACUUGAUGAAGCAGUUCAGUCUCAUGCUGUGCCUGGCUUUGGGAAGAAGCUUAGUUCAAUGCUGGGUACUUGUCUAACAGAGUAUGAGGCUGAGGUCACAUUUUUUGAUGAAGGUGUGAGAUUGGCUAAGAGAAAGCAGUUGGAGGAAAAACUGCUGCAGCUUACCCUACCAGCCUAUCAAUAUAUGCUGGGACAUAUACGAUCUGAAACUUUAGAAACAUUCAAAAAGGAAUUUGAUAUUGCAUUGAAUGAAGGGAAAGGCUUUGCUAUGGCUGCUCGUGGCUGCACUGAGUCCUCUAUGGCCCAGUUUGAUGAAAGAUGUGCAGAUGCUGUCAUUGACCAAGCUAAUUGGGACUCAUCUAAAACAAGAGAUAAGCUCACACGUGAUAUAGAUGGACAUAUUGCUGUAGUCCGUGCAUCCAAGCUGGCUGAACUUACAACACUUUAUGAGACAAAAUUGAAUGAUGCAUUGUUUGGACCUGUUGAGUCUCUAUUAGAUGGAGCUAGUGAUGAUACAUGGCCAGCAAUAAGAAAACUGCUAUGGCGUGAGACGGAAGCUGCAGUAUCUUCUCUUUCUGCAGCACUUUCUGGCUUUGAGAUGGAAGAAGAAACCAAAGAUAAUAUGCUCUCAAAGUUAAAGGAUUAUGCGAGAGGAGUAGUUGAAACAAAAGCAAAAGAAGAAGCUGGAAGGGUUUUGAUCCGUAUGAAAGAUAGGUUUUCAACAUUAUUUAGCCGUGAUUCCGAUUCAAUGCCUCGACUUUGGACAGGGAAGGAAGACAUCAGAGCAAUUACAAAAACAGCGCGUUCAUCUUCUCUCAAAUUACUCUCAGUUAUGGCUGCUAUUCGCUUGGAGGAAGAAACUGACAAUAUUGGAAACACCCUUGCCCUUGCUUUAAUCGAAAGUAAAUCAGGUGGUGCUGCCAACAAAAGCAUCACAUCAUCUGACCCUCUAGCAUCAAGCUCUUGGGAUGAGGUUCCUGCAUCAAAAACGUUGAUAACACCUGUCCAGUGCAAAUCUUUGUGGAGACAAUUUACAACUGAGACAGAAUAUACCGUCACCCAAGCUAUUGCUGCUCAGGAGGCUAGCAAGAGAAAUAACAAUUGGUUACCGCCUCCAUGGGCAAUUGCUGCCAUGGUUAUUUUGGGAUUCAAUGAAUUUAUGACACUUUUGAGGAAUCCUUUGUAUUUGGGUGUUAUAUUUGUUGCAUAUCUGCUUCUUAAAGCUCUUUGGGUGCAGCUAGACAUUUCGGGUGAAUUCCGCAAUGGUGCUCUUCCUGGACUUCUUUCAUUAUCCACAAAGUUCCUCCCUACUGUCAUGAACCUUCUUAAAAAGCUAGCAGAGGAAGGUCAAGGGCAGACGAAUGGUGAACCUCAACGUAAUCCCAUCCUUGCAGCAAAGAGCUCGAGAAGUGAUAUGUCAUCAACAGGUUCAUCUGAGGUAACCUCAGAAAACGGAGAUGAAUCCACAAGCCCCUCGUUUGAUAGGAAAGUGAAGUGAAUUGCGGUUUACAAAGAAAGCACUCACCUCUUCCUCUUGGCAAUGAUGUAAGUUUAAGGUUAGUUCAUCUGCAUUUGGUGUGGUGCAUGGUUUUGGUCGGUGGAUUUCACCUUUAAUGCAAGCAAGCAAGCAAGCAUGUGAAGGAUCACAUAUUAUAGGCCUUCAUUUCUCAUGUAGAGCUUACAGUGGGGCUGUGUAGCCUAGCCUGCCUGUUUCAGAUUCUUCCUCAAGAAAAGCCCCUACCACACAGCCUCUUUAUUUUCUGCCUUUUUUUUUAAGAUUUAAAAAAAAAAAAUUCUAUGGUCUUGAUUGUUCUUGAUUUUAUCUUGUCCGUCAAUUUUGUCUUCCCAGAUUGCUAGAGGCAUUACGAUAUUGUCUGUAUUUAUGGGUUACUGAUUACUGGUAAUACUAUUAUCUUCUGACCAGAAGAAUGAACUUUUCAUUAUUGUUAUUAUUAUUAUUAUUAUUAUUGUUA